AUGUCCCGCGGAAGAAAUAAAUGGACAUGCGAGGAUGACCAAAAAUUACGAACGCUCUUUAAAACAUAUCAAGGUCAGCAAAAAUUAUGGCAGCUUAUUAGUAAUUGGUUUCCAAAACGAAAUUCUAAAUCUUGUCGUGAGAGAUGGACUUUUCAUGUGAAUCCAGAAAUAAAUCAUUUACCAUUUGCACAUGACGAACAAAAAUACAUACUAUCUCGAGUGAAACAACCUGGAACUACAGAUUGGGUAGCAAUAGCGGAAGGAAUAUCGCGUCCAUAUGCACGGAGGACAGCAUUACAAUGCAAAAAUUUUGUGAAUAAUCGUCAACGACGAAUAAACGGUGAAGUUGAAAAACUUACAGAUCAAUAUAAAAAGUCUGGUGAUCGAAUGAAUUUAGGAUUUAUUUUGAAUUAG